AUGGUACACCACAUUGAGUAUAUUUUGAUCCACCUGACUACUCGCCGGAACACUCGUCUCUCGGGCAAAUUCAAAGUCGCGCUCUUGGAACGACUUGAGACAAUGCAGACGCUGUUGGACUCAACCGCUUCAAACAUGGCCGCAUUUUCCGUGAUGACUCAGAAGUCGACGCGCAGUGGUUUACGAUGUAAACGUCCAUCAGAGAAACGGCGCGGUGGCAGUGAUGUGGUAUUCUUCGCCACAACAGAGAAUUGA